CGUGGUGUAUACCCAUUGUCGAUGCACAAGGGAAGAGCAUAGUGCGCAGCUCAUGGGCAACAUCCUACCUCCCUCGCCUUGCUCAAGGGAGCGAAGCCCUUUCUAAUGCAAUCUGCUGCUACGCGGCCCAUCGCAUGGGCAUUCCAGAUCUCGCUGUUGCGUAUUACCAACAGUCUGUGCAAUCCCUACGGCAAAAUCUAAUUGCCCUACAGCAGGGUACGCAAUUAUCCAUUGCGGAAUUGCUCGAGAUGUGGUGUACGACGUAUGUGCUGUCUGAGGUGGAAGGCUUGAUUGGACAGUUUGAUGCCAUUACACUGCAUAUUCGUGGAGCGCUACAAUUGUACAAACUAUUGGCAAAGCGACUUCGUCAAAGUGCGCGGAACAAGGACCUCAACCCUGAACUGAGUCGCAAUUAUGAAUAUCUCAUCGGCAACAUGGCUGUUUGCAGCAUCAAAAGCAUGCAGCUACCAGAACAAGUGGCUGAAAUUCCUACCUGCUUCGACCUACCCAAUCAGCCGGUUGGAACACUCCUUGGCCAUGGUGGCGAGUGCUUCAUCAUGAUGAAUGCCUUUCGUCGCAAGUUCCCAUUCAGACUGCGUCCAGACAACCCGUCGUUUGAUGCCUAUGCCCUGGAGCUCAAUGCAGUCUUGAAUCGCUUGCAAGCACAUCGUGAUGAGAUUCUGGCGAUCCCUGGCUCAGAGUGUGUUCAGUCAGUGACAAACUCACCCUUCUCCCCGACUAUUGUCUUUGUGGAUGAAAAUCUCACCAUGCCCUUUUGUGCAACACACCUCUUCUUGCUCAUGAUGGCGCCGCAUCUCGAAGAAGAUUUGUUGCAUCACACGACACGCAAUGCGAUGGGCAUUCUCCUUGGCAUGUCACACAACAAGCAAAUAUCCAGGGGAAAGCAUUUCUCACUGAUUGGGGCAUACUUACAGGAUCCCGUACAGCGGUUGGCAUUCCUUCAACACUGCGACAUGAUGUCUUUGGAACUGGGUAUCCCUGCAUUCACAAAAGUCAAGGAACUAGUAGAACGGUGCUGGGUCUUGCUCAAGGAGCGCUACAAAGACCGUGUGCAGGAUUUGAGCUGUCAGUUGAUCCCGCUCAUGACGAGUGUCACCGGAUCGUCUGAGGGGCAGCAGGGACUGAGUCUUCGGCCUGUCUCUGGAUCACCUAGUGCUUAGCCAUAGCCUGUAUUUA